ACUGUCUUGCUAGCUCUUUAUUUUCUGCUGUCCUCCUGGCUUGCUAGAUCACCAGCGCCAUUGCAACCAGCGAUUGCUCCUAGAGCUUUCCACGCCUAGCUUUUCGGGAAAGCCUUUUCCGAAUUAGCUUGCGGACAGGAUUGCUUGACGAGCUAGUGUGCUGGGCGAUUGGCUUUCCUUUUGCGACGAGAUCUGUACUGUGCGAUUUUCUCGCACAAUCGCAAGGCGCUCGUCCAGUCAUGGCGACCGCAUGCGGCCUCUCGUCGUCGUCGUCUCUCCGCAGCGUGGCGUUUUCCGGCCUUCGACGUUUCAGCCGGGCGGCGAAUGCCCCUCGUGUCGCGCGAUUCCCGUCCUCUGCGUCUCGCGGCGUGGUUUGCGCUGCGCGGAGGCGGCGAUCGCCGUCCAAUUCGCGAGCCGCGGCUGAGGGCUCAUCAGCGCUCGAAAUAGCGGAUCAGGUGGAGCAGCAAGCAGAGCAGGCCGAGCAGCAGGAGCAGCAGAAUCAACUGGAGGAGGCACCGCAAGAGCAGGGGGAGCAAGGGCAGGCAGAUGUUAUUGUCGAGGCCGUCGCGAACGGGGGAGCGAAUGUUUUUGCAUCAGAGGACAUGGACAUCCAUCUGCACCUGCUGCAGAGCGACAUGGAGGUGGACGCGGUGGUGGCAGCGGACAUGAAGGAGAACGGCUCACGCAGCACGCGGCGCACCAAGCUCAUCUGCACCGUGGGGCCCGCCAGCUGCUCCUUCAAGCAGCUCGAGGCUCUGGCGUCUGGCGGGAUGAACGUGGCUCGGCUCAACAUGUGCCACGGCACGCACGAGUGGCACAGGGACGUGGUGGAGAAGGUGCGGCGACUGAAUGCAGAGAAGGGGUAUUCGAUCGCCAUCAUGAUGGAUACCGAGGGCAGCGAGAUUCACCUGGGUGAUUUACCCGGGGACUCAUCCGUCAAGGCAGAGGACGGCGACCUGUGGACGUUCACAGUGCGCCAGUUCCCCGGGCCGCUCCCGCCUCAGACAGUGCAGCUCAACUACGAUGGAUUCGUGGAUGACAUCACGGUGGGCGACGAGGUGGUGGCGGACGGGGGCAUGGUGCGGUUCCAGGUGCUCAGGAAGAUCGGCCCCGAUGUGACCGUGCGGGUCAUUGACCCGGGGCUCAUCCUGCCGCGGGCCAACGUCACGUUCUUCCGCGACGGCAAGCUCGUGCGCGGCCGCAACUCCAUGCUGCCCACCAUCUCGUCUAAGGAUUGGAUCGACGUUGACUUUGGCAUCUCCAUGGGCGUCGAUUUCAUCGCCAUCUCGUUUGUCAAGUCACCUGACGUCAUCACCCACCUGCGCAGUUACAUCAACGCGCGCUCUCCCGACAGGUACAUCGGGCUCAUCUCCAAGAUCGAGAGCUGUGAGUCCAUCGUUCGCCUGGAGGAGAUCAUAGCAGUCUCUGACGGCGCUAUGGUGGCUCGUGGCGACCUGGGGGCGCAGAUCCCCCUGGAAGAGGUGCCGUCAGUCCAGCAGGACAUAGUGCAGAUCUGCCGCGAUCUCAACAAGCCCGUCAUUGUGGCGUCGCAGCUGCUCGAGUCCAUGAUCGAGUUCCCCACGCCUACUCGCGCAGAGGUGGCGGACACGGCAGAGGCUGUGAGGCAACGCGCAGACGCCCUCAUGCUCUCUGGAGAAUCAGCCAUCGGGCAGUUCCCUGAGAAGGCUCUGGCUGUGCUGCGCACGGUGGCCACGAGGAUAGAGGGGUUCAGCCGGGCGGAGCGCAGUAGGGAGCAGGAGGCAGACAUUGCCCUGCUGCCAGAGCUGUCUGACGUGUUGUCUGAAAGGAUAUCAGAGCAGAUCUGCGCCUCUGCUGCACACAUGGCCGCCAAGCUCCAGGUGGACGCCAUAUUCGUCUUCACCCACCGUGGGUACAUGGCCUCGCUGCUCUCGCGCUGCCGCCCCGACUGCCCCAUCUUCGCCUUCACUUCCUCCCAGGGCGUGCGGCAGCAGCUGAACCUGUCAUGGGGCCUCAUUCCUUUCCGCCUGGACUUCUCAGAUGACAUGGAGUCCAACAUCCUGCGCACAUUCAACCUCCUCAAGGCGCGUGGCAUGAUGAAAUCGGGAGAUCUGGUUAUCACAGUCACGGACAUCAUUGGCAGCGAUAGCUCCUUCGACGGAGGCUUGCAGUCCAUGCAGAUCCGAAAUGUACCCUGAAUAUAGUGCCAUGUGUUAGUAAGAUGUUCGUGCCUCCUGGGCUCUUAUGCUCCCAGAUUAGAAAUGGUAUGAAAGUCACAUUCAUAGCAGUGCAGUGCAGUCGUCAUAGCAUAUCAUAGCUCCAUAGUACAGCACACUAGAUAGGGCAAAUACAUGGCAAGGGAACAAGGAUCUGGUUAUCACAGUCACGGACAUCAUUGGCAGCGAUAGCUCCUUCGACGGAGGCUUGCAGUCCAUGCAGAUCCGAAAUGUACCCUGAAUAUAGUGCCAUGUGUUAGUAAGAUGUUCGUGCCUCCUGGGCUCUUAUGCUCCCAGAUUAGAAAUGGUAUGAAAGUCUGGCGUAGGUGAUCAUGGAUUGGCUGAGAAUUAUUGUUUACCUUGGGAUACAACAUCAUGAGAAGUAAAAUAUUGCGUGCAAUAUUUUUUGGGAAAUACU